CUUGGCUUAGUCAUAAUACCAGGAUUAAAUACUUGCCCUUAAUGAAAAAUAACAUAGUUUCGAAAAUCCAUAGUAACAUCGAUAGGCUGAACGACACGGUUCACAAAAUGCUGCCAAUUGAUGAACUGCUUUUUCCAUCACAGAAGUAUCUUGAAAAGAACUUUCUAAACAUUUCCAGGGAGGUAGAUACGGUGUUAGAAAGGGUUAAGGAACAAAUGUCGCAAAUUGUGGACAAAUUAGAGAGAACGAAGCAAGAAUUGAUUGCAAGGGGCUCUAAGAUCGGUGUUACUAUAAAAUUUCCAAGGUUAGAAAACUUGAUGUUAGAUCAGUUGAACGUAGAGAACGAGAGAAAUCGGAUAACAGUUCUAGAGAAAGUGAUGAUGAAAAAAAUUCAUUGUUAUUUGAAGAAAAUAGGUGAUCAUUACUACGAUCUGUACGGCAGAUACAGUGGAUAUACUAAUGAUGAGUGCAGUACAAAUAACCUAAAGUCUUUGGCAAAGCUGCAUGUGGAAACCUUAAACGAAGUAAACUCAAGAUGCGAUCUGCGUAGAGAACUAAGAAAAAAACUCUUGAAGCACAAAAUAAAAAAUUUGGAGAAUAUGAAAUUUUUUGAGAUGGCAAGCACGGCAAAGGAAAUCAUGGAGCAGGAAGAGAAAGAAGAAAAGCUCAAAAUUGUUCUGAGGCGUGCUAUUCAUCGAAUUUUAGAUAUGCUUAAUAGAGAUAGCGACAUUCUAUUACCAAACGAUCUGGAAAAGCUCAAGGAUACUUAUGAAAAGCUGCUUGAAGAGGAAAAGGUGCAAUUUGAUGAAAUAUUUGAUGCCACUGAGCAGGAGUUCAAAGCGAUCUGUUCAAUUUUCUUUCUCAAAUUUGACAAGCUCAAGCGAACAAGGGAAAGCAUUGUCUUAAUGAAGAAAAUAAUUAGUGACCUCACUGAGCGAAAAGAGCAUUUUGUGGAGCUGAAAGAGCUUAUUGAGAAACGAGACAGGGUAAUCGUUGAAAUAGAAUCGUUUGAGAAGACAGCCCGCGAUCCAGGAAGGCUCAAGGGAUCUUCGAUACAAUUACUACAUGAGGAGAGAUUUCGGCGGAAAAUCAUCCCUUCGUUGCUUGAAAUCGAAUCUCGAAUAUUAGAGAAAUUGAACGAUUACAAGCAGCGCUACAACGAGCCAUUUAUGUAUGGAGACGAGGAUUAUGAGGAGAACUUGAGAAAUGAAAUAAACGGAAGGAUAAUUCACUCGAGUGUUUAUAUUUCAAAUAAAACACAAAGUCCGUGGAGAAAGCCAUAAGUCGAGUUAUUUCCUGAAAAGAUACGAACAUCUGAAAUGUCCGUUUACAUGUACAUUUGAAUUUCCACAGAUCGCUGCGUUGAAUUGUGCUGAGCGACUCCAAAGCCUUUGGUAGGUGAGCUGUACCUAUUUCUCCAUCUUUAGUUAAAAGUAGUAUAA